GCCCGGAGCGGUCGGAACGGCAGCGGCGGCGCGGGUUGCGGGCCGGGCCCGACCGCGGGGCGGCGCCGCGCGGCUCCGAGCUGCCCUGCGGCCCGCGGGCCCGGCCGGGCCUGGCGACGCCGGCGGGAGACGUGUCAGGAGCUGUGUGUGCUAGUGAACACAACUUAAGCGGUGGUGCUGCUUGUCCUCUCCUGAAGCAUUUCUGACUUCACAUCUUCUUGAGGGUACUGUGCAAGGUAACGUGCUUAUCUUGGCAGGAGCUAUCUGAAGCCACUGAGUGAAGAUCAUGUUUGCAUAGAAAUGAUUAUCAUGCACUUCUUUUGAAGAAGUAAGCCCUCAGGUUAUAAAAAUGUUCAGUGCGAGCCAGUCCUCCAAAGCCCAGUUCCUUGACAAAGCACGCCAGGCUCGGGAAGAGCGGAGGGAGCUGAAGGAGAGAGAGCGUGCUGCUGUCCAGAUCCAGGCUUUGAUCCGGAGAUUUCUCUGUCGAUGCCGCCUGCAGAGGGAGAUAAGGAGAGAAGUGGAGGAUUUCUUUGGGGCAAAUGAAUCUGGCUCCAGUAAAAGAAGCGCUCUUUCAGUCUUCAGAAUUGCUAGGAAACUGCUGUUCGUCUUUAAUCAUAAAGAGGACAAAGAGAGGUUUGAAAAGCUGUGCCGGUGCAUUCUUAAUAGCAUGGAUGUUGAGAACGAGCCCAAGGUGUGGUACGUGUCACUGGCACUCUCCAAGGAUCUCACGCUGUUAUGGAUCAAACAGAUCAAAGACAUCUUGUGGUUUUGCUGUGAAUUUCUCAAGCAGCUUAAGCCUGACAUCUUGCAGGACUCCAGACUGGUCAAUUUGCACCUCACCAUGCUUGUUACCUUCACAGACACUUCUACGUGGAAAAUCCUUCGGGGAAAAGGUGAAACUCUGAGGCCUGCCAUGAACCACAUCUGUGCAAACAUCAUGGGAUACCUAAACCAGAAGGGAUUUUAUUCUGUGCUGCAGAUUUUGCUAACGAAUGGCUUGGCGAGAUCCAGACCUUCCUUGUCCAAAGGCUCUUUAACGGCCAUCUUCUCUCUUGCAUUGCGCCCUGUGGUUGCUGCGCAGUUUUCAGACAACCUGUUGAGGUCUUUUCUGAUCCAUGUCAUGUCUGUGCCUGCUAUAAUGACUCAUCUUGCUACUCUGACACCUGAGCGUCUGGCAGUGAUAGAAUCUCAUGAUCUUUUCCGCAAGUUCAUCCUGUUUUUAAGUUGUGAAGCACAAUGCCGAGAUGUCUGUGUGUGCUUAGAAGGAAGUCACACUCUUUGUUUGUUAGGUAAUCUCGUGUACCUGGGCUCCAUGAAUGAUAAAAUCCUCGAGGAGGAGACGGCUCAUUUUGUGGGUGUGCUCAUCCACAUGCUCUCCUACUGCCAGAAGUAUGUUUCACAGAAGAAAUCCAACCUCACCCACUGGCAUCCUGUUCUGGGCUGGUUUUCACAGACUGUGGAUUAUGGAUUGAAUGAGUCCAUGCCUCUGCUGACAAAGCAGCUGCAGCAUCUCUGGGGAGUCCACAUGAUCCGCAUCCUUUUCAGUGAUGUGCUCAGCAAGAAAUUGCUGGAGAAUCAGGAAAUAGCUCAGCUGCCAACACAGCCAAUUUCCCCUCAGAAUAGCCUUCCUAUGAAAAAUCUUUUCAAGAGAGCUUUCCAGAAGUCUGCGUCUGUGCGCAACAUUCUCAAGCCUGUUGGGGGUAAGCGAGUGGACUCGGCAGAAGUGCAGAAGGUGUGCAGUAUCUGUGUCCUGUACCAAACCACACUUACAACGCUAACGCAGAUCCGUCUGCAGAUACUCACAGGCCUCACUUACCUGGAUGAUCUGUUGCCCAAAUUAUGGGCUUUUAUCUGUGAGCUGGGACCGCAGGGCGGGUUAAAACUUUUCUUGGAGUGCUUAAAUAAUGAUACGGAGGAAUCCAAGAGGCUGCUGGCCAUGUUGAUGCUCUUCUGUGACUGCUCCCGCCACCUGAUCACGAUCCUUGAUGACAUCGAAGUCUACGAAGAGCAGAUUUCAUUCAAACUGGAAGAGCUUGUUACCAUCUCAUCUUUUCUGAAUUCCUUUGUAUUUAAGAUGAUCUGGGAUGGAAUUGUAGAGAACGCCAGAGGGGAGACCCUGGAGCUGUUCCAUUCUGUCCACGGCUGGCUCAUGGUCUUGUACGAAAGGGACUGCCGCAGGCGGUUUGCUCCUGAGGAUCACUGGUUACGCAAGGACCUCAAACCCAGCGUGCUCUUCCAGGAGCUGGACAAGGACAAGAAACGAGCCCAACUGCUCCUGCAAUACAUCCCGCACGUCAUUCCUCACAAGAAUAGGGUGCUGCUUUUCCGGAAUAUGGUUACAAAGGAGAAGGAGAAGCUUGGGCUGGUUGAAACCAGCUCUGCGUCACCUCAUGUCACACACAUCACUAUCCGCCGGUCCCGUAUGCUGGAGGAUGGAUAUGAACAGCUACGGCAGCUUUCCCAGAAUGCCAUGAAGGGAGUGAUCAGAGUGAAGUUUGUGAAUGAUCUGGGUGUCGAUGAGGCUGGUAUCGAUCAAGAUGGUGUCUUCAAAGAGUUUCUGGAAGAGAUAAUCAAGAAAGUGUUUGACCCUGCACUCAACUUGUUCAAGACAACCAGUGGUGACGAGAGGCUAUAUCCAUCCCCAACAUCCUACAUUCAUGAGAACUACCUACAGCUCUUUGAAUUUGUGGGGAAGAUGCUUGGGAAGGCUGUAUACGAGGGAAUAGUUGUGGAUGUACCAUUUGCUUCGUUCUUCUUGAGUCAGCUCCUUGGGCACCACCACAGCAUCUUCUACAGCUCUGUAGAUGAACUUCCCUCCUUGGACUCAGAGUUCUAUAAAAAUCUCACUUCAAUUAAGCGUUACGAUGGUGAUAUCAGUGACUUGGGCUUAACGCUGUCCUAUGAUGAAGAUGUGAUGGGUCAGCUUGUUUGCCAUGAACUUGUUCCUGGAGGGAAGACCAUUCCUGUUACCAAUGAAAAUAAGAUCAGCUACAUCCAUCUCAUGGCUCACUUCCGGAUGCACACGCAAAUCAAGAGUCAGACAGCCGCGCUUAUCAGUGGAUUCAGGUCGAUCAUUAAGCCUGAAUGGAUUCGUAUGUUUUCUGCACCAGAGUUGCAGCGGCUGAUCUCUGGAGACAAUGCCGAGAUUGACCUCGAGGACUUAAAAAAACACACAGUGUACUACGGGGGCUUCCAUGGGAGCCACCGAGUCAUUAUCUGGCUGUGGGACAUCCUCGGCAACGACUUCAGCCCUGAGGAGAGAGCCAUGUUUCUCAAGUUCGUUACCAGCUGCUCCAGGCCUCCGCUUUUGGGCUUUGCCUACCUCAAGCCUCCUUUUUCCAUCCGCUGCGUGGAAGUCUCUGAUGAUCAGGACACUGGUGACACACUGGGCAGCGUGCUGCGGGGCUUCUUCACAAUCCGCAAGAAAGAGCCAGGUGGGCGUCUCCCAACCUCCUCUACGUGUUUCAACCUCCUCAAGCUUCCCAACUACAGCAAGAAGAGCAUCCUGCGGGAGAAACUGCGCUACGCGAUCAGCAUGAACACGGGUUUCGAGCUGUCCUAGUUGCCAUGGCCCUGGACUCUGCAACGGGGGCUCUCGGAGCUGCUGACUGCUGCUGGAGGUGGAGGCCUUCGUGCACAGAGGGUGGAUCGGCUCCACGGGAGCUGGCUGCUCACUCGAGGGCUGGAGAGAGGCAGCUGAUAAUAAAGGUUUGCAGAGAAGAGCUGUGGGGCUAGACAGGGCUCGCUCUUCCUGGGCACUUCUCCAGGACGAAGGAGGUGAUGGGCCUGAUCCAAUACACUUUACUUGACACCCACGUAACUCGUCUUUAAAAGCAAACCCCAGGGAAGCAUAAAAGGAACAUUACAAGUGCCAGUCAGAUUAGUGACCGUAAUACCCCCCAGCGGGCUGUGCAGUCUGGGCAGCUGCUGCUGCGGGAGCGCUUCUUUUUCCUUUCCCAGGAGAUGAUCCAGUUUCUUACUGGGUGGAAGUGAGUCUGUGGGAAGCUGCGCAAAGGCAGAAAAAAGUGACGGAGCCCUCAAGGAGACCAUCACGAGGCUGCACUGUUGGAUGUGCCACAAAUGGGCACUGUUUACUCAGGACAGGUACUGCACGAGGGCUUCCUAAUGCCCUCGGUCUGUGCAAGGCCCUUGCAUUUGUCUUGGAGAAUGAACCACUUGCCCAGCUUUGAGAAGCAGCAGGUUAAACGCAAGCAGAUGGCCCCUGCCAUUUUCAGGAAGGCUUUGGAAUGCUGCAGGUUAAGAUCUCAAGCAGCAGGCAUGGGGGUCAGCGUGCUAAGCCAGCUGUGUAUCUGCCAAGCUCUUGCCAGAGCUGUGCUUUGAACGGAUGGGGUUGUUGUCUGAAUUUGCUCAGGAGCAGAAAAAGUUUCAUUGUAUUUAGUUGCCAGAGGACAGGAGGUGGCACACAGCUUAGGCAGCCCUUGGUCCCCGGUGCUCUCUGGAAGGGGCAUGCAUCGAGCUGCCGAGAGCCCUCUGGAAGCCUCCACUGGCAAAAUUCCUCUGACUUAGAAAGAAAUUUCACUUUGUUUGCAGGCUCUUUUUUUAGGGAGAUGUGCUGUUUCGAAACAGGACUUGGCUUCUGUGUAACAGCCACAUUUGCUUUGUUGCCAAACUAUUUAUUUGGGUCGCUUUGUCUCUUUCUGGCCUUAUUUUUACCAGUUGAUGUUUGUCUGUAACAGGCAGCUUUUUCAGGUUGCUCUGAAAGCAGGGGGGGUACACGUGUGUGUUGGGGAGGUGUGAACCCUUCCUGCCAUUUCUAAUGCAGUCCAGAGCCUGGUUUGUAAAGCAUCUUUGCAGCUUCCCAGCCCUGGUCCUUUGUGCUGCUGCAAGUCCUGCCUCAGCUGGAGCCAGCUGAGCGGAGAGCCUGCCGUCUCCUGGGCUGCUCCGUCCUCACUGGAUUUCUGGCAUGAAGGAAGGCCAUGGACAUUCUGCUGUUCAGGACAGGAUUAAAACUCAGUCACCUUCUCCCCUUCCCAUGUUGCUGCUCGGAUCCCACCGAGGCUGCUAGGAUCUCCCCUGGUCUUUCUUUCCCCUCCUGGCCUUCCUGUGGCACUGGUGGCCCUCACCCUGCGUUCUGCUCACAGCUCAGCCCGCAGCAGCCGCUUGGGCACGAGGCUGCUGUACCCUACCUCAUCCUCUGGCCAGCCGUGGUCCAUCUCAGUUGGAUUUGCAUCCCCAGGUGUGCUCAGCGUAGUUGGGGCUGUGUGGAGAAGGCUCCCUGGGCUCUUUUAAAGACCCUUUUAACCACAAUGUGUUGCAUGUUUCAAACAGACCAGAAAGUACUUGGCACUGUUGAGCCAGGAGCAUGGAGAUGGCCUUGGCUUCGGCUUCAUCAUUCUCUUCUGUCUUGCUUCAGCUGGUUUUCAGAGAAGUCACCCUUUUUAGAACCAGUGCCUGGAAAUGAAUCUGGAAAGCAACGCUGGGAUCCUUUUUCUUUGUCAGCUCAGUCAUAUUAAGCAGGAGUGUUCGGAAACGUUAGCAAGGACAGGAAUGUCUAUAUUCAGAACUCGAGCUACUGGCCCCUGAGCCCAGAGAAAUUAAAGAUGAUCGUACAUUUUUCUUUAUUUAUUUUUUUUUUCAAUAGAGAGCAUUUCAGCGUUAACCCAUUGCUGCCUGUGUAGCUGGGAGGUUUAGGCACUCGCUUGUACCAAUCAUAGUUUGAAAUAGCCCACAAGAUCUUAGUCUAGAGACACGCAGUGUGUCUGAAUAGAGCACAAUGAUUGUUCGGUGGAGUGAGUUCUGAACGUGGUGAAAUAAAACGAUAAAAUGUUUGUUCCCCUUUUUUCCCUCCAUCCCUCAGGAGUACAAUUCCUAGAAAAGCUCUUAAUGCCGACUUAGCUUGGUUCCUCCAAACUUGGAAAUAUUGCACUACGAGACACUACACCUGAUUUUUGUAGCUAGUGUAUAAAAUGUAAUUGUCUGGUGAACGCCCUGGUGGCUGCGUGUGUGACAACAUUUCUCUUGAGGAGCUGAUUUCUGUGUGACUGGGAGGCUUUAGUGCGUUUUUCCUGGAGCAGGAAGCAGGAGGCUGCGAAUGUGCGUCGGUCCCUGCCUGCCCUGCUGUGUUGUGCACGGGUGUUCUUUGGAGGACAGGGGUGGUUUUGCCACAGGAGAUUAAUGACUAUUUUUUCUAUAGAAGACUCACUGCUGCGGAGGCCUUGGUUACAUCCCUUGUAUUGGAAAUGCAGAAAAGAGAAAAAUAAACCUGGUGUGAGUUAAGAUGAUUGGAUGUCUCC